UGAACGAGAGACCCGGGAACCCGGCCUACACAACACUACACAACCUUACACUAAACACAACUGGCUGGAAACUACGAAGCACACCGGCAGUGAUCCCACACCUAAAAAUGAUCCAAACAAACACAGAAGAAGCCUUCAACACCGCCCCCAGUGAAAUACCGUGGAUAGAACCCCUCCCACCCUGGCAGCUAUUUGAAAUAAAAACCCAACUGCUCCCAACAUCAAAAAAAGUGGCAAGAAACAACCCACAACUUACUCAAGAAUUAUUCAGGAGAUUCACUGAAAAUACAGCAGACUCAGCCCUCUCCGUAUUCACAGAUGGAUCGUGUCACCAACUUGAAAAAGUUUCAUCUUGCGCCUUUUUCAUCCCUAAAUUACAAGAAAGAAAAGCAUGGGUAUUAGAAAACUACACUACUAGCUUCAACGCUGAACUAGCAGCAAUCCAACAAUCACUCAAAUUUGUGUACCCACUCGACUGGCAAGAUAUCAUAAUCAUAACUGACUCCAAGUCAGCAAUUCAAGCCGUCACACACUUUAAAUGGGAAGCCAGCUCACUAAUUCCUGAAAUCAUUGAAUUAAUAAAAAACUUAAAAUCAGCAGGAACACAAGUCACCUUUCUCUGGAUCCCAAGCCACUCAGGAAUAUAUGGUAACGAAAUUGCCGACGAACUAGCAAAUAAGACCAGAACUGAUCCAGAUGGCGUGACGAUGGCUUACACCUCCAACAUUAAAGAAAGCCUUUCAAAACUUAAAGACAGACAUAAACAAGAAACAUUUAUCAAAAUAAAGGCACUAUCAACGAACCUGGCGGUGACAAACCGAACAGAUAUGAAAAUACUACCUUGGCUCACCCACAAGAAAAGAUAUAUCCAAGUAGCCCUUCUAAGGCUUAGAAGUGGUCACAACAAACUCAACUACUUCACCAACAAAUGGAACUCUGAAAUCUCACCGUACUGUUCAAGUGGCUGCCAAGAAAUUGAAAACAACACUCACAUCCUCAUCGAAUGUCCACACCACGCGAGCGCGAGAAACCCACUGAUAGACUUCCUUGUAUCACAGAAGCUCCCCCUGGACGUUCCAACAAUAACAGGACUCAACUACUCCAUCCCUAAACACACACAACAACAAAUAGCAAAACAUCUUAUCACAUACCUCAUAAAAACUAAACUGAUUAAUCGACUGUAAACCAGCAAUCCCCCCC